AAAUCAAUCACUCGCAGUUUCCUCAAUUGGACGUUGUCCAACACGGGCGACCCGGGUUUCUUGGCGGUAAAGAGAACUUGGUGUAGGCUAACCAACUGUCUCUCCUUGGUUCCCUCAGGCUCCCGUCUGUCCUGGAAACCAUGAUACCAUGGUGGCAGGCCAUUCUGCCAGUCGUGGUCCCUAUCGGCACCUAUGUGGCAUUCCUAGGUCUGCUCGCCGUCCCACCGAUUCAACGCUUCGCCCUGUACGCAAACCGUGUCAGCACACUACUGUUUACCAAUCUCGAUGAGCCUGAACGAUGGGGUUUUGCAAAAAACCAGGUGACGCCCUUCAAACUCAAAGUCCCCGACGGCGAGGUCUUGUACGGCUGGCAUGUGCUGCCUCUACGUACAUACGCCAGAAACGAGAAUGUUCUCUUGAAGCGUCCCCGUGGUUGCAGCGAUGAUUUUGCCACUACCGACGCUUUUCGCAUUCUCAAGGAUGACCCAGAAGCUAGGGUUGUCAUUAGUUUCCAUGGUAACGCAGGGCAUGUAGCACAAGGAUGGCGGCCGGCCCACUACCACACUGUAGCAGAUUAUUCGCCAUCAACACACCUGAUAACCGUAGACUACCGGGGCUUCGGCAAAUCCACUGGCUCGCCCACCGAAACCGGCAUGCUAGUCGACGGCAUGGCAAUUGUGGACUACGUGCUGGAUACCAUUGGGAUCCCGCCCUCGCGCGUCGUCCUUUUUGGCCACAGCCUGGGCACCGCUGUCACAUCGGCCGUGGCCGAACGCUACGCCUCUAGGGGGGUCGACUUUGCCGCCAUCAUACUCGUCGCCAGCUUUAGCUCUCUGCCCGACAUGCUUUCGGGCUACCGUAUUGGCGGCGUGAUUGGUGUCAUGCGCCCGCUGGCUACUAUCUGCCCGCCCUUGAAUCGCUACUUCCUGAGCAAGUUUGUCGUGGACAAGUGGGACUCUGCCGGCCGCAUCACCGAGAUGGUGCGCGCCGUCAAGGCUAGGGCUGGCAAGCUCCGGCUGAGGAUCAUUCACGCGCACGACGAUUGGGAUAUCCCCUGCAUCGAAGCCGACAAGAUGUUCACUGCCGCUGUCGGGGGUCUCGUUGGCGUCGGGGUAGAACCCCAGAGGCUGGCUGAGAUGAAGGAUGAGAGGACUGUCUGGAAGGGUAAGAAGGCCUUUGCCACGCGGUGGGAGGAAGGUGAUGUCGAUAUCAUGGAGGAAAUAAUUUCUCAUGGAGGUCACAACGAGGCGCUGUUUUAUGCGCCCUCGACUCUUGCUUUGAUAGACGCGUUUGAAGAGGGCUCAAGACUUCAGGCCCAUUCACAGUGAGCGCCAGAAUGUUUGUUUUUGAAAGAUGAGUAGAUAACAAUGUGAUAAUACACACCCGAAAAUGGCCAUAUAGCUCGCUUGGGUUACAUGCAUUGAGG